AUGUCCAGUUUUCACUCGCGUUUGAGGAAUGUCUUCCGUCCUUCUCAGAAAUCUUCGAAGAACACAAACAAAUCCGCGACAUUGGAUGCCAAUUCCAACAGCCCGAGGCCAUCGACAUCGGAGCCCAUCUCAAAAGUAGAUGAGCUCGACUUCCUAGAACUUGCUUCCGGAACUGAUCCUAUCGUCGAUAUUGUCGCCAUCCAUGGAUUGCAAGGACACAGAGAAAGGACCUGGACGACAGAUCAAGGAAGCUUAUGGCUGCGCGACUUCUUGCCCACAGACUUGUCCAAUGCUCGAGUCCUGACAUACGGCUACGACGCUGAUGCUCGUAGUCACGAGUGUGUCUCAACCCAGACGAUGCGCCGACAUGCCGAUGGAUUCGCCAAGGCACUUUCCAGGAAACGCAAGGUCACUCCUCGACGACCCAUUAUCUUUGUUGCACAUGAUCUAGGAGGCAUCAUUCUCAAAUGGGCUCUGGUAAUCUGUCACAAUCAAUCAUUGGAGUCGAAAUGCGACCUCCGGGAUAUUCUCAUCUCCACCCAUGCAAUCUUAUUCUUUGGAACUCCGCAUUCGGGCACCGACACUACCCUUGUUGAAGCCGUCAAUCGCCUAGCGUCGGUGUAUAUGGAGACAACAGACAUUAUCCUCAAGGAUCUUCGGUCAAACUCGUCUGAACUCGAGAACGUACAGAGUCUCUAUGUCGAGGCAAGCGCGAACAUCAACAGCAUCUUCUUUACUGGAGGAUAUACAACAAAAGGACUGAAUGUUCCGUAUCACUCGGCCGUAAUUGCGGGCGAUCGUAAUGCGACAACCAUCGUACUCCCUGCCGACCAUCGUAAUCUGGUCAGAUUCGCAGCCAAAGACAAGAACAACUAUCAAACGGUUCUCCACUAUCUCAGAGACUACGUCGAUAAUGCGCCUGUGGAGGUUAAGAAAAAGUGGGUGAAAGAGGAAAAAUAUCGCAGUGCUGCAAAUGAGGAGCCCGCCUCUGACGAGACCGUGUUGCCAAAAUCCCGUCCACCUGUUUCAAGAAACUACAUCGAGCGCAACCAUGUCCAAAUCCUCGUCACGCAGAAGUUACUUCCAGACGGUCCGGUCAAACAUCAGCCGCGAUGUAUACUACACGGCAUUGGAGGCGCUGGCAAAACGCAACUCGCGACAAACUGGAUUCAAGAGAAUGAAGCUCGCUUCACUCGAGUGAUCUUCGUCGACGCUUCCAGCCAAAAUCAACUGGAAAUGGACUUGGAGAGAUCUAUUCGGUGCUUGGGUCCCGAGUAUAGUAAAAUGACGUGGAAGAAUGCGGUCGCACAUCUCGAUGGCAAGGAGAAGGGAUGGCUGCUCUUCGUCGACAAUGCAGACUCACCAGAACUCAACCUUCGUCCGUACCUCCCUACGUCGACUCAUGGGUCAGUUUUAAUCACCACAAGAAACGCUCAGUGCAUCAAUUAUGCUCCUGAUGGAGCGGUUCCAGUUGGCGGCCUCGAGGAAAGCGAGGCGGUGGACCUCCUCCACACAAUUGCCGGCAUGGCACCUGCAUCUAAAGCCGAAUCUUUGGAGAUUGCGAGAGAGCUAGGGAUGCUGGCACUUGCUAUCACUCAAGCAGGAGUGUACAUUCGCAAGACGCGGCGCCUCGACACCUACCUGGAGACAUUUCGCAAGCACAGAAAUCAACUUCUGAGCAAGCAGCCAGAUAUUGGCUCCGAUUACACGUCCUCGACAUACACCGCAUUCGAUUUAUCAUUUCAUAAAUUACAGAGAACGUCGCAGGAGUUCUUGAAGCUCUGUGCGUUCCUUCAUCAUUCAUUCAUUCCGUCCACUCUGUUUAAACAAUCGACAAUGUCCGGUUUCACCACAUAUAUAGUCCGGACGAACUUUACUCCGCCAGAGAGUGACACGGCUUUCAUUUCAAAGCUGCGGGAGAUCUUUAGCGAUACAUGGGACGAGUUUGCGUUCCAAGACAUCGUCGACUCGGCCUCACAAGCAUCGUUUAUAAACGUCUCAACGGACGGGUUAUUUUACGGGAUCCAUCCUCUACUCCAGACAUAUAUCAAGGAUUCUCUUGACGAGACGGAUAACAGAAGUUAUUGCCGUGUGACGGCACAACUCUUGUUGGGUGCAAUCCGGCCAUGGGGAAGCAACGCUGAGUUUUGGCAGCUACUUCCGCAUGCCAACAGUAUCCCUCGGUCGAUACAAUCGGAGAAUGUGGCUUGUGCACUGGCGUUCCAUACACUUUAUGAGUCUAUAGGAAGCUGGGCGAUAUGCCAGGAGCUGUUAGAGUCUGUUCUUACCUCACUUCACUUGAGCCACGCCAAAGAACAUGAAGGCGUGACAUGGGUCAAGAUCAAACUUGCCAAUGCCGUCCAACAGAGUGGUCGAUUAGAAGAAGCGGAGAAAAUGCAACGAGACAUGCUUGAUCUACAGCUUGAAAUGUAUGGACCACGGCACCCUGAUACUAUAGUCGCCAUGAGCAAUCUCGCGGCGACAUUGGGGGACCUUGGUCAAUUGGAAGAAGCGGAAAAGUUGCAGCGAGAUGUGCUUUCUCUGCAACGCGAGAUAUCUGGACCAGUUCAUCCCGAUACCAUCAUUGCAAUGAGCAAUCUUGGGGCCACCUUGGCUGAUCGCGGUCAGUUGGAUGAAGCGGAAAAGAUGCAACGGGAUGUGCUCGCUCUACGACUCGAGAUAUUUGGACCGAAGAAUCGUGGUACCAUCCGUGCAAUGAUCAAUCUCGCGUCUACCUUGUGUGAUCUUGGUCAGUUUGACGGAGCACAAAAGCUACAGCGAGACGCUCUUGCUUUACGACUCGAAAUCUCCGGCCAGCGGCACCCAGACACUCUCAAAACGUCAUUCGCACUCUCUUUCACGUUGUGCCUUCUUGGUCAGCGCGAGGAGGCUCUCCAGCUUCUGAGAGAGACGCAGACAAUGCGCCGUGAGGUGUUAGGCGAAGAUCACCCUAUUACUCAGCAAUCGAAACUACUUAUCGAAGUCAUCACGGCUCAGUCUCGUCCCAAUUUGUAA